AAGUGAGGAAAGCGAAAGCAGACAGAGAGUAUGGAUGCUCAUGGACAAUGGCUGUUGGAGUUUCUUCUUCGGAGCCCAGACACAGAGAAUAAAGAUAACCUAAUAAAAGAUGUGCUUCGAAUGAUCUCUGUUUCUGAUCUUGAUUUCCGUAUCAAGAAGAUCUUUCUUCUCAAAACUCUUCAAAACGACUUCUCUUCUCAUUCUAUCACCGAAACCCUUCUCAAAACCCUCGAGCUCCUUGAGGAAGUCUUUCGCUGCGAUGCCUCUCCGGUCACUGCCACCAUGAGUGCCGCCUACUGCGCCGUGGCGGUGGAAUGCACAAUCAAGUAUCUGCAAGUGAAUCUUUACAACCACAAUGCCCCCUACCUCCGAGCCGUGAACAGGAUAUGGCAACUUAGGAUUCCGCAGAUGAUCGGUUCCGGUUCCAGAGAGGGGAGCCUUCUGUUCUCAGUGGAGUUGGAGCAGUGGAGAAAGGACAUUGAAACUUCACUUUUGGAUUUACAAGUGAGGGAGCGGUUGGCCUCCAUAGAUACCAGAAGGGAUGCCAUCAUAAAGUUCAGGGCCUUUUUGGAGGAAGCCUGGACCGUUAUGGACUCUUCUUUUGUUCCGUUAGCAGCUACUGAACACAAACUAAACCAAGAAGGAGAAGUUCAGAAGUGUAGCAUUGUUGCAGCUGAGAAUUUGCAUUUACCAAAAACUAUUGAAGUUGAAAAGAUUGGGGAUUGCAUUUCUGAGGAGCUGUUGGCUAAGGAUUCUUUAGCAAAAAUUGUUGAAGUUGAAAAGGUUAGGGAUUGUAUUUCUGGGGAGUUGCAAGACAUGGCUAAGAAUUCUUUACCAACAACGGUUGAAGUUGAAAAGGUUGGGGAUUGCAUUUCUGGGGAGGUGCAAGCCUUGGCUAAGGAUACUUUAACAACAACUAUGGAAGAUAAUGAGGAUGCAAGGCAGACUGUAGAGGCAGAUGUAUCUUGUCCACAAGAUAUAAAUGAUAAUGAGGCUGAUCCUGUGGAAAAGGGUCAAGCUUCUAUCCCCAGUAAUUGUGAACAAAGGCCUAAUUUGAUGGAAAAGAAUAGUACGGCACGUGUUGAUGAGUGGGAUUCUAUAGAUGGUCUGGAGGGUGUAAGUAGAUUCAAUUUGCCUAGUCCCAAGAGGAGAAAACUUCCUCCAUUAGAGACUUAUAAACCAACCGACAUUACAAAGAGGAGAAAAGCAAAAAGGUGGAGUCAGUUAGAAGAGGAGACACUUAAGAAUGGCGUAGAGAAGUUUGGCAAGGGAAAUUGGAAGUUAAUCCUAAAUGCUCACCAAGAUAUAUUUGAGGAGAGAACGGAAGUUGAUUUGAAGGACAAAUGGAGGAAUAUGACGCGGUAUGGGUUUGCAAAUAAAUCGUAAAGGUGGAAUUUAUUUUGAUUAAAACUGAAUGACAUUGUAACUAAAUCAGACAAAAUCAUAAGAA